UCAUGAAAAGUUCAAAAUUUCUUCGCCAGAGGGAGAUAAUUGGUUAGCCUACUUGAAGCAUCCGGGAACCUCGCCAUAGUAGUAGACAUGGCGGGUAUCAACCUGGCUAAAUGACGAAAUAAAUUUUGUUUGCUAAUAUAAGAUCGUGUUAAUUUCUUAGUAAAAGUGUUGAUACUAAAAGACUAAUUAAGUUAUAUUGGAUUAGGACAAAGAUGCAGAAUGUUGGACAGUCUGAAAACCGAAAUAUCGAUAAGGUGAAUGUGCAACUUGAUGUGGUAAAAUCGUCCACUCCUCAAAGUUCGGCUUCGAGUCCGGCCAAAUCUGAAACCGAAACGUAUUCAGGAGCGCCUGCCAAAUACAUGACGGACUCUUCGGAAAGCGAGGAUGACUCUGUGUCCGAGAUCUUGCUGGCUUGUUUGUGCCUUAGCAGGCCAGACCUGUUGGCGGAGAUGGAAGAGGAAGGUGGUGGUGCAGAGCCGUCCAAGUUCCUUUUGUCCCAUGAUGAUCCGGAGCGGGCCGUUGACCCUGAGAUGCAGGCGCGGCUUGAAGCUUUGCUCGAGGCAGCUGGCAUCGGCAAGCUAUCCGGUGAAGGCAAGCACCUCGCCGACCCGGAGGUGCUGCGGCGGCUGACAUCGUCGGUGUCGUGCGCGCUCGACGAGGCCGCCGCUGCGCUCACACGCAUGCGCAGCGACCAACCACCACCUCACCACCGGCACCAUCACCAAGACAAAAAUCAACAAUGCGGGUCAAGCGCGACGGGUACGACGCCAACGGUAGCAUCGUCAGUCGGCGCGGAUGGGGCGCCCUCGCUGGCAGAGGCGUGUUCAGACGGCGAUGUGGGCACCGUGCGCAAGCUGCUCACGGAAGGCCGCUCCGUGCACGAGACCACAGAGGAGGGCGAGUCACUGCUCUCGCUCGCCUGCUCCGCGGGAUACUACGAGCUUGCGCAAGUGCUGCUAGCCAUGCACGCGAGUGUGGAGGACCGCGGAAUCAAGGGCGACUGCACACCUUUGAUGGAGGCGGCGAGUGCGGGUCACGUGGACAUCGUGCGGCUGCUGAUCGCGCACCACGCGGACGUGAACGCCGUGUCGGGGUCGGGCAACACGCCGCUCAUGUACGCCUGCGCCGGCGGACACGAGGAGUGCGUGCGCGCGCUGCUCGAGAGCGGCGCCAACGUCGAGGACCACAACGAGAACGGACACACGCCGCUCAUGGAGGCAGCGUCCGCGGGUCACGUGGGCGUAGCUAAGAUCCUGCUGGAGCACGGCGCGGGCAUCAACACGCACUCGAACGAGUUCAAGGAGAGUGCGCUGACGCUGGCGUGCUACAAGGGCCAUCUCGACAUGGUGCGCUUCCUGCUGGCCGCCGGCGCCGACCGCGAGCACAAGACGGACGAGAUGCACACCGCGCUCAUGGAGGCCAGCAUGGACGGACACGUCGAGGUCGCGCGCCUGCUGCUCGACUCCGGCGCGCAGGUGAACAUGCCGACGGAUAGCUUCGAAUCCCCACUCACGCUGGCGGCAUGCGGCGGACACGUGGAGCUAGCGAUGCUGCUGCUGGAACGUGGCGCAAAUAUUGAGGAGGUCAACGACGAGGGCUAUACGCCGCUCAUGGAGGCCGCCAGAGAAGGUCAUGAAGAGAUGGUUGCACUUUUGCUGGGACAAGGUGCCUCGAUCAACGCGCAGACUGAGGAGACCCAAGAGACAGCUUUAACGCUAGCAUGUUGUGGCGGUUUCCUAGAAGUAGCUGACUUCCUCAUCAAGGCGGGCGCCGAUGCCGAACUCGGAGCUUCCACACCCCUCAUGGAAGCCUCGCAGGAAGGACAUCUAGAACUCGUACGGUACCUGCUGAACGCGGGCGCGGACGUGAACGCACAGACACAGACGGGCGACACGGCGCUGACGUACGCGUGCGAGAACGGACACACGGACGUGGCCGACCUGCUGCUGCGCGCCGGCGCCGAGCUCGAGCACGAGAGCGAGGGCGGCCGCACGCCGCUCAUGAAGGCCUGCCGCGCCGGACACGUCUGCACCGUGCAGUUCCUCGUCGGGAAGGGCGCGGACGUGAAUCGCAUGACGGCUCUCGGCGACCACACACCGCUCUCGCUGGCAUGUGCCGGUGGUCACGUAGACGUAGUGAAGUUCCUUCUCGCGUGCGAAGCGGACCCCUUCCGCAAGCUCAAGGACAACUCCACCAUGCUCAUCGAAGCCGCCAAGGGAGGCCACACGGCCGUCGUGCAACUGUUGCUCGAUUACCCGCACUCUGUCAUACUGCCUAGAGGUAACGCGACGGCAGAGGAGGGCAGCGGGCUGAGCGCGGCGCAGGCGGCGGCGCUGGGGCUGAGCCACGCGGCGGCGCCGGGCGCGGCGGCGGGCGCGGGCGGCGCGCGCGCGCUGCUGCCGGCGCACGCGCACCCGCACGCCGCCGCGCUGCACCACGCGCAGCACGCGCUGCACCACGUGCCGCACCACCACCAGCCCGCCGACCUGCCCACCAAGUUCUCCAAGGUCUACCUCGACGAGCGCGGAGUGGCGGCCCGCAAGAAGCAGGGCGGCGCGGGCGCGGUGGCGGGCGCGGCGGGCGCAGCGGGCGCGCCGGAGGCCAGCAAGCACAAGUGCGCGCGCAAGCAGCGCGUGGCGCCGCCCCACCCCGACCACCACCUGCCGCCGCCGCCCGACAUCCUCGACGACAACAUAUGCCACCACGCCAUGGCUAAGGUAUCACUCCCGCCGGGGUUUACGUGGAAGGACGUUAACAAGAAAGUUAAAAUUAAAUGCCACAUUAAAAAUAAAUGCAACAGGGACCCGCGCGCCGACUGCCUGCCCGACGCCGACCGCAGCCUGCUCGACUUGCCCGACCCCGCAGGUCCGCCGACACUCGCCACGUCGGCGCUGCACGCGCUGGACCUACAGUUCUGCGCUCAAGGUGUGACGACCAUCCAUCCGCCCACUACGCCACCCUACCCGCCUCCUCAGCAAUUGUUCCCAGUGCAACAAUUAGCAACGAACCUUAAUCAGCUGCAAGAAUUGCAGCAACAGCAAUUCCAGCAACUAGCAGUACAACAGCAGCAUCAGCAGACGCAGCAACAGCAACAACAGAAGAAGCAGCAACAACAACAGCAACAGCUGUAUGUUCAGGAGCUGCAGCAGAGGCCCGAUGGAUUUGUUCCUCAGGCGGGCGAGGACCUGGGCGGCAUGGGCGCGGGCGUGGAGGCGCGCGAGCUGGGCGCGGUGCUGGCCUACCUGCAGCGGGAGGUGCCCUCGCUUGUCGCGCUGCCGCCCAACGAGCUGCGCUCGCUCGUGCUGCAGGUGAUGCAGCAGAAGUCGCACGAGAUCCUGACGGCCAAGUGCGCGGAGGUGGACGCCGACCCCGACGCGACCGGCCAGGAGCGACACGCGCGCCGCCUGCUGGAGGAGGCGCUCACCGCCGACUGGCCGCGCCAGGACCACCACCACCACCAUCAUCACCACCACCACCACGUCGACGUCACGGCUAGUAAUGGAUGCCAGUUCCGGGUUCGACCAUCAUCUCCUUCAGGGAAUCUGGAAAGUGGUAUCAUACUGACGCGAGCCGACAACGAUAUAGUAACAAUACCCCAGUCAUCGCACGGGCUCCCCCCGCCGGCCGUACCUCCGACAACGACACAGCUCGAAAUACAGCAACAUUUUGUACUGCCACCACCCACACUACCUUAUGAAGACUAUAGUAGUGUGCCUGCGGGCAGGUCGGCCACGUUCGCGCCCCCGCACACGGGCGUGGCGCAGCCGCCGCCGCAGCCGCCGCACGCGCCGCAGCCGCAGCCGCACGCCAAGCGCGACCAGCAGCACCACCACAACAACACCACUGCCGCCAAGAAAAAGGGUCGGUUCGCGGGGUCAGGGCGGGCGUGCCGCGCGGGCGAGGCGUUCGGCACGGCCACGCCGCCGCAGCCCGCGCCCGCCGCCUACUGCGCCAUGGACGUGGACGGCGAGACCGACUCCAACCACGACACCGCGCUUACGCUGGCCUGUGCCGGCGGACACGAGGACCUCGUCGAGCUGCUGCUCAGCCGCGGCGCCGACAUCGAACACCGCGACAAGAAGGGCUUCACCCCCUUGAUCCUAGCGGCGACGGCGGGGCACGAGAAGAUUGUAGAGAUCCUAUUGAACCACGGCGCGGACAUCGAGGCGCAGUCGGAGCGCACGAAGGACACGCCGCUGUCGCUGGCGUGCAGCGGCGGCCGCUACGAGGUGGUGGAGCUCAUCCUCAGCCGCGGCGCCAACAAGGAGCACCGCAACGUCUCCGACUACACGCCGCUCUCGCUCGCCGCCUCGGGUGGCUACGUCAACAUCAUCAGGCUACUGCUCACGCAUCAGGCUGAGAUAAACUCCCGCACCGGUUCAAAGCUCGGCAUUUCCCCCCUCAUGCUGGCAGCUAUGAACGGGCACACGGCAGCCGUACGCCUGCUGCUCGACUGUGGCUCCGACAUAAACGCUCAGAUAGAGACUAAUCGCAAUACCGCCUUAACCCUCGCCUGUUUCCAAGGGCGGCACGAAGUAGUGAGCCUGCUGCUGGACCGCAAGGCUAACGUGGAGCACCGCGCCAAGACGGGGCUGACGCCGCUCAUGGAGGCGGCCAGCGGCGGCUACGUGGAGGUGGGCCGCGUGCUGCUGGACAAGGGCGCCGACGUCAACGCGCCGCCCGUGCCCUCCUCGCGGGACACCGCGCUCACCAUCGCCGCCGACAAGGGACACACCAAGUUCGUCGAGCUACUGCUGCAGAGACGAGCGGCGGUUGAAGUCAAAAAUAAAAAAGGCAACUCCCCUCUCUGGCUGGCGGCUAACGGCGGCCACCUUGCGGUGGUCGAGAUGUUAUACUCUGCCGGCGCAGAUAUAGACUCACAGGACAAUAGAAAAGUAUCUUGCCUUAUGGCUGCCUUCCGUAAAGGCCACACUAAAGUGGUCAAAUGUAUGGUCGUCAUAGUUACACAAUUCCCCUCAGACCAAGAGAUGACAAGGUACAUCUGCACGAUCUCGGACAAGGAGCUGCUGGAGAAGUGCCAGGAGUGCGUACGCGUGAUCCGCGCCGCCAAGGAGACGCAGGCGGCGCGCGCCAACCAGAACGCGACCAGCCUGCUCGAGGAGCUCGACGCCGAGCGCUGUCGCGAGGAGAGUCGCCGCCAGGCCGCGCAGCGCCGCCGCGAGCGCAAGAAGAAGAAGAAGCUCGAGAAGAAGUCUUGCCUACAGGAGGAAAGACGCAAACUUCAAGCGGAGAACGACAAGAACUCGUUAUACUGCGAGAAGGCCCUCGGCGAGUGCUCGGAGGGCGGCGAGCCGGACGACGAGCCCGUGCCCAAGGAGGAGGGCGACUCCGGUAUCGAUGCCAAUUCGCAAGGUUCCUGUUCAUCCUCUGACGUGAAAGCUCCUCCUGUGCAGACAACUAAGUCUAAAAAGAAGAAAAAAGAGGAAAAGGCAGCUCCCCCUCCACCCGCACAACCUGCAAAGAAACAACCUGAUAAAAGCAAACCUAAAAUAGAGACUAAACCGGAAAAAGAAAGUACUCCCAAGCCUGACAAGAAGCAGGAAAAAGAGAACGUAGCGCCGAGCUCUCCGCCGGCCACGCCCGCCAAGCCCGCGCCCGCGCCCGAGCGACGCCCCGCCGACAAGAAGGACAAAAAACCCGAAGAGGAUACCCCUAAGAGCAUUACAGUACAGAAUGUUAACAAAUAUGGGAAUAACUCUAGAAAGAGUCAAGUAUUCGAAUCCACAAGGCACAAUGUGGAUAAAGACGAUGUUGACACAAGUGACAAAAAUAAAAAGACGCACAACACUCAUCAAUGGGAGACCGAAGGCAAGAGCACAUCUCCCAAGAGCGGUUGCGUAGGCGGCCGACGCGAAGAGGGAUGGAAGGAGGUUGUACGCAAGUCUAGCGUGCAGACGCUCUCUACUGUGGAACCCGGAUGCAAGAAAGUGUCUGUGGCGUCGCACGCGAUCUCCCGCGUGAUCGGCCGCGCGGGCAGCAACAUCAACGCCAUCCGCUCUGCCACCGGCGCGCACAUCGAGGUCGAUAAGCAGAGCAAGGGACAGGGCGAGAGGAUCAUCACCAUCAAGGGCUCAGCAGAAGCCACAAAGCAGGCGGGUAUACUGAUCGCGGCUAUGAUCCGCGACCCCGAGGCCGACAUCGUGCAGCUGCUGCCACGCGCCGCAGCCAAGCCACCGCCGCAACCCGCACCAUUGCAGCCUAAACCACCAAAACAACCGCCGCCCAAGCAACAAGGCGCCAGCAGCAGUAGCAGCAGCUCUGCCAGCAGUCGCGCCACGCCCACCGCGCGUGCGCCUGCUAAGCAGCAUGUGAGGCCAGCGCCACCGCGGCUACAAACACACCCUUCUACGACUGAAAAGCGUGCACCUACUUCGACUCCGUCGAGCGCGUCAGUGUGUAUCGCGGGCAGCGCGGCGGGCGGCGGCGCGGCUGGCGGCGCGGCCACGCCGGCCAGCAAGAGCACCGGCGCGCUGUCGUACACGGGCGCCAUCGUGGGCGCCAGGCAGAACACCUUCGCCGCCAAGCUCACGGCCGCCGCCGCGCCCGCGCCCGCCGCGCCCCCCGCGCCGCCUGCGCCCGCGCAGGACGCCAAGCCCAGACCUGCGCAUCAGCCACCACCGGGAAGCAGUAGCCCCGGCGGCUUGAGCUCGUCUCCGCUGAAGGGCGCUCGGGAGCCUUCGCCGACGCCAACAAGCGCGACUCCUUUACGCUUGGAAGAUGAGCAGAAGCAGCACCGCCUUCCUGAGCGGUUGCCCGAACGAAUGCCAGAGCGUAUGCCUGAACGCACCGCACAGCUAAGCCCAGAUAAUUCGAGUUCUUGGAGUGCAAAUGAAGAAAAUACACCUAACACCUCAUCAGCCUUACAUAUUAAUACCACUCCCCAGCAGCGGAGUGGUGGCGGUGGUGCGCAGGAGUACUCGCUGUUCAAAGACCUGUCGGCGGGCGCCGGCGCCGGCGUGUGGGGCGCUGCGGGCGACGCACAUCACAAUGUCGAACCUCCUCCGCCACAGGUGGACGCGAGCAAGGCGCCGGGCUACCGCGGCGGCGGCGGCGGCGCGGGCGGCGGCUGCUCGCCGUGCUCGCGCACGUCGUCGCACGGCUCCACGCCGCCGCCCGCGCACGCGCCGCCGCACCACCAGGCGCCCUCCUACCACCAGCCCAUGCCCAUCGGUAACAAUGUAAACGCAAUGGACAUGAGUGGGCUGUCUCGGAAUGGACCUAUCUAUCAAGACAACUCAAGAAAUGGACACAACAUGAUGCAGGUGUCGAUCUCCAGCGGCGUGAACAUGAGCGGCGCAGCGCUGGGGCUGGGCUACGUGGAGACCGUGUCCCGCCUCAACCCGCGCGCGCCCGACUUCGCGCAGCGGCACCCGCUCAUGCAGCAAAAGCACAACGCGCAGUUGUUUGCGGGGGCUAGCAACGCUGGCAACCUGAGCGCGUUGUUGAUGUCUUAUCAGCAGCAACAACAACAGCCUAUGAAUCAAUCUCCUAAACCCAUGCAACACAACCCGCAGCAACACCAUGCCUACCAGUCUCUGUUGGACCGCGGUGUGGGCGUGAAUGUGAACGCGGGCGUGGGAGGCGGCGGCUGGGGCGAGGAAGAAGAACGGAAGCCCCGCCCUAUUGGCACCGAGCGCGCCUGGAAACUCACCGCCGCCGAUGACUGGCCUCACGCGCAUCUGCACCACCAGCACCUGCCCGAUCAUGACAGAUACCAGCAGACGGUGAGCGGCAUGGGCGGCGUGGGCGUGAGCGGGCACGUGGGCGUGGGGCACGGCAUGGAGAGCGGCGCGUACGGCGCGGUGGGCGCGGGCGGCGCCACGGCCGCCGCGCUGUCGCUCAUGCACGCGCUGCCCGCGCUGCACUACCUGCCGCCCGCCGCCGCGCCCGCGCCCGAGCCGCACGCGCACUGGGAGCAGCAGCCGCACGCGCCCGACAAGCAGGUGCGUACCGCGCGCUACUACCGCUAGCGCCGCCGCCGCCGCCCGACGCUGACCCACUGUUUGUCGCAGGCCUGGAGCAAGUGGACUCACUAGGCGGCCGGGAGCCGCGCGCCGCCGCCGCCGCCCCAGACCCACAGGAUUAUAUAUAAUUGUAACCCUUGGAAACGGUGUAGAUAUUAGUGAGAAAGAAUUAUAUUAUACAGAUUAUCUAUAUACAUAAAUAGAGAAGAUGUCCUAUCGAGAAAAGAACUACUUAUACUGUACGAUCGACUGAAGUGAGCAUUAAACGAUUCAUUAUAAUGAAACUCGUGAGGGGAGUCGGAUGUAGUUUUAUUUGUUACUGCCGCUCGCCGACCGCGACGUUACGUUUAGACGAAUUAUAGUUAUGUUAUAGUCGGCGUCGCCGUUUUCAUCUGAUUGUAGAUAUACGCGUAAACGAAUGUAAUAGUAGGUAGCUUGGAAUGUGAUUCCGAAGUGCCGCUGAGUGUUUUGAGUUGCCUUGUGUGCGGUGGCCGCCCGCCGUCUAUUAUACAUAUUUUACACUAUAUUAUGGCAUAAUGCGAUAUUAGUUUCGAUGAUUGGUACGCUCGCAAACCGAGGCGAAAUAUUAAACAUGUAUUAAUAAAAUUUGCUUGUACAUGAAGAUUAAAUAUCGAUAUAUUGAUGCACUGUAAC